UACAGCUUAUGCUUUGCUGGGAUCGUUUGGCACACUGAUAACAAUGCAUAAAGGAGCUUGAAUUACUUUUACUGUCACAAAAUUGUAAAUUUUCGUAGUCCACAUCAUUUUUUUCAAGAAGGACUAGCCUCUGUUUGAGCCGACAAUGAGAGGCCAUUCCAAUGUGGAAGUCACCUUCAAUAUACCUGAAAUUGAAGUGACAUAGACUUGAGAAGACAGCUCACAAAUUGUUCGCAAAAUGCCAGAAUUCAAAGUCAAUGUAAAAUGGGGAAAAGAAAAGUUUGAAGGAAUAGAGGUGGAUACUUCAGAGCCACCAGAAGUUUUCAAAGCACAGCUAUUUGCUUUAUCUGGAGUUCCACCUGAGAGGCAGAAGAUUAUGGCAAAGGGAAUGGCUUUAAAGGAUGAUACUUGGGGAUCAUUUAAGAUAAAAAAUGGACUGACACUAUUGAUGAUGGGAAGUGCUACAGAGUUGCCCAAAGCACCUGAGAAAAAGACUGUUUUCAUUGAGGACAUGUCAGAGGCAGAAAGAGCAACAGCAUCAAAUUUACCUGCUGGUUUGAACAACCUUGGCAACACUUGUUACAUGAACGCCACUGUGCAGUGUUUGAAAAAUGUUCCAGAGCUGAAAAAUGCCCUUCAAGAGUACAAAGGACAUUUGAGCCUUGGAAACAUCAUGUCAAAUCCCUCUGAAGCAGUAACGAUAGCGUUGCGAGACCUUUUCAAAACGAUGGAAAAAACAGCCGAAGGUUUUCCUCCAAUAAUUUUCCUUCAGGUGAUGCAUUCCGUGUUUCCACAAUUCGCUGAGAAAAAUGAGCAUGGUACAUUUCAGCAACAGGAUGCUAACGAAUGCUGGCUACAAAUCGUGCGCAUGCUCCAACAGCAGGUUAAGCUCAACUCUGAUGCUCCGCAGUCAUCAAUAGCCGAGUCUUCUGCUCAAACUUCGCUCAUUGAAAAAUAUUUUGGCAUUCACAUGAAGGCAGCUUUGAAAUGUACUGAGGCCCCAGAAGAAGAGCCAACAGAGUCGAAAGAAACUCAACUACAACUUAGUUGCUUCAUUUCUCAAGAUGUGAAGUUUUUAAAGACAGGACUGAGUCUGCGUUUAAACGAAAAGCUGACCAAAAAUUCACCAACAUUAGGAAGAGACGCAGAAUAUACAAGAACCUCAAAAAUUAGUCGACUUCCAUCGUACCUUACGGUGCAGUUUGUCAGAUUUUAUUAUAAAGAGAAAGAAAAGGUCAAUGCAAAGAUAUUGAAGGACGUGAAGUUCCCACUCAUGCUAGACGUUUUUGAUCUCUGUACACCUGAGUUACAAACGAAGUUAGGCCCAAUGAGAGAUCGGUUUAAGGAAGAAGAAGACAGGCUUGCCGUCACAAUGAAGGCAAAUAAAGAGGCAAAGGCACGUGGAGAAGAAAUGGAAGUAGACGAAAAAGACAAAAAGUCAAAAACUAUGCCAUUUUCUUUUGAGGAUGACGUAGGAUCAAAUAACAGUGGUUACUACGAACUUACUGCAGUUUUGACCCACAGAGGGCGAUCAUCAUCGUCAGGGCAUUAUGUUGGAUGGGUGCGCAAGAAAGGAGAUGAAUGGAUAAUGUGUGAUGAUGAUAAUAUGUCUCCGGUUAGCUCACAAGAUAUUCUAAAACUUUCCGGUGGAGGUGAUUGGCAUAUAGCCUACGUACUUCUCUAUGGCCCAAGAAAACUGACAAUCACAGAGGAGAGCUGAGUUUGUCUCACUUUUUAGGAUUGUCCCGGGCAUCUUGUUAUGACCUCAUUCCUUAGGAAUACCAAUACCAAAGUCAGGAUCCGAAGUGAAGAACCAAAAGGUGCCCCUAAACAGACACCUCGCCGGAAUGAUUCACCAAACUGUUCACUAGACAUUAUAGGAAUUUUCCUAAUGUUCUGAUUAUACUAGAAAAGUUAUUUUCAUUACACUUUCCCAGCAA